GCUGACAGACUUGCUCGCGCCAUAACCUCCCCACCGGAGGACAUCACGUGGGGAACCUUAUUGCUGGGGGAAAAAACGAAGUGUUUCUCUGACUUGACAGUGGAUAACCCUUGAAGAAUGGAUUCCAGGAAGAUCAUAGAGAUCCUCAGGGGCACCAUAGACCCCAAUCUGCGCCAACAGGCCGAGGACGAGCUGGCAGAAAUAAAAAAGAUCAUUGGGUUCACCCCAGCUUUGCUUCAAGUGGUUAUGAUGGGGGACCUAGACAUGCCAGUUCGUCAGGCUGGAGUUAUCUACUUGAAGAAUAUGAUAGCACAGUACUGGAAAGAUGCAGAAUACGAGACUGGGGAACCCAUCCCUUUUCACAUUCAUGAACAGGAUCGUGCCAUGAUAAGGGAGGCCAUUGUAGAUGCUGUUGUUCAUGCACCUGAUCUUGUAAGAGUUCAGCUUGCCGUAUGUACUUGCCAAAUGGUGAAACAUGAUUUCCCUGGUAGAUGGACAACAAUUGUUGACAAAAUCAGUAUAUACCUCCAAAAUCCAGACACAAAUUUAUGGAAUGGUAGUCUUCUAUGUCUUUAUCAACUCGUAAAGAAUUUUGAAUAUAAAAAGAAAGAAGAUAGGGGCCCGUUACAUGAAGCUAUGAGAAUGUUACUUCCAAUGUGUUAUGAAAGAGUUGUGCACCUAAUGCCAGAUCCAUCAGAGCACUCGACGCUAUUACAAAAACUUAUACUUAAAAUAUUUUAUGCACUAACUCAGUAUCACUUGCCCUUGGAAUUAUUAACUCGAGAUGUCUUCACAAGAUGGAUGGAAGUGGUACUUCAGAUAGCAGACCGCCCUGUACCUGAUCAGACCUUGCAGGUAGAUGAGGAAGAAAGACCGGACCUGCCUUGGUGGAAGAUAAAGAAAUGGGCGCUGCAUAUUCUUGCUAGGUUAUUUGAAAGAUACGGUUGUCCAAGCACUGCACACAAAGAAUAUAAACAGUUUGCAGAGUGGUUCAUCAAGACCUUCUCACAAGGAAUACUUCAAGUCCUUCUAAAAAUACUAGACAAUUAUCGCAACAAAGUGUAUAUUUCACCUAGGGUCUUACAACAAACACUUAAUUAUUUAGAGCAAGGGGUUGGCCAGUCAGUAGCAUGGAAACUACUGAAGCCACAUAUGUUGUCAGUGAUACAGGAUGUGCUUUUCCCUCUAAUGUGUUAUUCAGAUGCUGACCAAGAGCUCUGGAACUCCGAUCCAUAUGAAUAUGUUAGAGUUAAAUUUGAUAUCUACGAGGACUUAGUUUCUCCAGUGACAGCAGCACAGACGCUUUUGCUUUCUACAGUAAGGAAGAGGAAAGAGAUGUUAGAGAAAACUAUGAUUUUCUUGAUGCAGGUCUUGACCUCGCCAAAUGUAGAUCCAAGGCAUAAGGAUGGUGUCAUGCAUAUGAUUGGCACAAUGGGUGGCGUACUACUUAAAAAGAAGAUAUACAAAGAUCAAAUGGAAAAUAUGAUAGCGCAAUAUGUCUUCCCUGAAUUUCAGAGUCCAUAUGGCUUCAUGAGAGCAAGGGCAUGUUGGAUACUACAAAACUUCGAUGAAAUCAAAUUCAAGUCUGACCAGAACAUACUCGCAGCUAUGAACUGUAUUCAGAAUGCCCUACUUAAUGACAACGACCUCCCUGUUAAAGUAGAGGCAGCAAUGGCCUUGUCUGCAUUCCUUGCCUCACAGAAUAAGGCAGAGAAGAUUGUAGAACCUAAUAUACAACCAAUUGUUCAAGAGUUACUUAAAGUAAUUAAGGAAACUGAGAAUGAUGAUCUUACAAAUGUGAUGUGUAAGAUUGUGACAACAUACACAGAACAGCUGAUUCCUAUUGCAGUGGAGAUGUGCACCCAGCUAGCUGCUACAUUCCAACAGGUUGUAGACUCAGAAGAUGGUGCAGAAGAGAAGGCCAUUACAGCAAUGGGCCUGUUGAGUACGAUAGAAACAUUAAUCAAUUGUAUGGAGGAGAACCCAGAGAUUAUGGUUCAAAUUGAGCCCAUCACUCUACAAGUUGUUGGACUUAUUCUUGGCAAAAAUGUUAUGGAAUUCUAUGAAGAAGCUCUUGCUUUGAUAUACAGUUUAACCAGCACAAGAAUAUCACCAGACUUAUGGAAGUGCUUUGAAAUGAUGUAUCAGAUGUUUAAAAAUGAUGGCUUUGACUACUUCACCGAGAUGAUGCCUGCUCUUCACAACUAUAUAACUGUUGACACUGAAGCAUUCUUAAGUAAUGAAGCACAUGUCUUAGCAGUAUGUGAAAUGUGCAGAACUAUUUUAACUCAGGACUCUGGCGAGGAUGACGAGUGUCAUGCUGCCAAGUUAUUAGAAGUUGUAGUUCUUCAAUGUGAGGGGAGAAUAAAUAUGUGUCUUGGUUCCAUCAUACAGUUAGUUGUUGAAAGGUUAUUGCGUGAGGUUAAAACUACUGAGCUACGAACUAUGUUAUUGCAGGUGGUCAUAGCUACAUUGUAUACUGCACCCGAUGCAUUACUUCAGGUGCUUGAGUCAACCACGUUACCAAAUACUACUACUACACUUACUUCUCAUUUCAUCAAACAGUGGAUACAUGAUUCAGACUGUUUUCUUGGUCUGCAUGAUCGCAAGAUUUGUGUGUUAGGGAUGUGCACACUUCUGCAACUUGGGCCAGAACGUCUUGGAGUAUUAGAAGAAUGCCAUAAAGAAAUUUUACCUGCUAUGAUUUUACUCUUCCAAGGAUUGAAAAGAGCAUAUGCUGCUAAAGCUGCCGAAGAAGAUGAUGACGACGAUGAUGAUGAUGAUGACGACGAUGAUCUAGAACACGAAGUGUUAGAAAGUGAUGAGGAUGAAAUUGAUGACGCUGGGGACGAGUAUUUAGAAAAGCUAGAAGAAAAAGUUAAUAAAGCUGCAGGUGGGGGACCAUUCCCAAUGACGACAACGAUUCAGGAUGAUGAUGAUGAUGACGACGACGAUGCAUUGGAUGAUGAGCUAGAUGAAACUGCUCUAGAAUCCUUUACGACGCCCUUAGAUAAAGAAGAAUGUGAAGUAGACGAAUAUUGGAUUUUCAAAGAAGUUAUGCAUAACAUAGAAUCUAAUGCUCAUCCAUGGUAUCAGGCAUUAACUGCACAUUUAAAUGAAGACCAGCGUAAAGCCAUACAGGAGAUUGCCACUUUGGCUGAUCAGAGGCGUGCUGCAGCCCAGAGUAAAAAAAUUCAGCAGAGUGGAGGAUACAACUUCCAACAAACUUCAGUACCUUCAAGUUUCAACUUCGGUGGAUCUUUUGGCUCUUAAUUGCGCUACGUGAAGAUUUAGUGUUGCACUUUUUGUUGUUCUCAGUGCCUUAAACAUUUGUGGUAGGCAUGUAAUUGGGGGUGUUUCAAAUUUAGCAUACACUGUAUAUAUUUAAAAUUGAAAAUAUCAUUAUUUGCAUGUAAUAGUUUUUUCAAUUAAUGAAUUUUUAAAAUACUAGGGCUUCACAAAUACGUCUUAUCCAAUUUAUUUUUACUGCCCACACCCCUUUCCUAUGUAAGUUGUAAUAGGUAAAUGAAAGUUAGCAACUAAUCAUGUUCAUUGGAGGCAAUUAUCAUUAUUGUUUCAAGUAGUAGUGGAAAAUACUUCAAUUUAAACAUCCAAUGUCUGUUGUUGCUCCUCUUCCACUUCGGCUGCCUAUACUCUUCAGUUUUUUUCAUUUUAUGGCCACUGUGGCUAUUUAGUCCACAAUUACUGUCCCAACUGGAGCACAGGAGUGAUCUAUGUACAAAAGAACAGCCCAGCCUCUGUGUUAAUGUUGGCCAUCUGAGACUAUGGUCAGAAUGCCUGGAAGACAGCAGCCGUGGCUGUGUAGUGUGGAGGAGACCACUGUUAGAAAUACAGUUAAAUCUGUAGGUCGGUGUGCUCUGAGGUGCAGGGCUGUUCUCCUUAAUCCCUGGGGUAGAUCCAGGAGAGACUUUAUCAUUUAGCUUUUGUCUUCAUUUUUGUAUUAACUCUCAGUGCUUGUUGUUCUGGCAUUAUGUCAGGUUUAUUUAUUUUUUGACACUUGCUUCUUAGUAGUCCCUCAAUCAUGUGCCCCCCCCCCCCCCCCUCCCCCCAGAAGAUCUUUUAAGACUAGUCUCUUGUUGAACUGUAGAUGUCUUCCUCUGUACAGGCCAAAUGUAGUGAGCUUAUUCAAGGAACUAAGAUGUGUAUUUGUUGUCAGGUAGUUAGUGGUGUGGAGGAUUGACAAAUAGAACUUCAGAUCAAAAUAUGAAAAGGUUAAAAAGUUGACUCUGGGUCUGCCCCUUCCUUUAUUUCAAAUCAAAAUUUUGUUGAAUUUGGCUUAUUUAUUUUUUUGAGAGCAGCAUGUGAGCAUUUAGCUUUUGACUCCUAAGGAUAUAAUGAUAAUGGUAAUUUAUUUCAUGCAAUAUAGGCCCAUUUUAAGUAAUUCAAGAGUUGUAUUUUUUUUCUCCAUUAAUGAAUAUUGCUUAAGUAUUGAAGAUUGAAGUGAAUUUGAACUUUUAAGUAAGUAAUAAAGGGAAUUUUGAAAGUGGAAAGAAUGCUUUGGAUAUUGUAAAUAACUGUAUGUGGCACUCAGGUGAUUUUGUCUUAAAAGUAGUUCUGUACCAGCAGCUUUUGGAAAAACUUCACGUACAUCAUUUGGGUUCUACAUAAUUUUUCAUUAUACAUUUUUUUUUUAAUACUUUGAGGAAGUCUAAGUAUGCUUUAGUAGCUCUUGACCUCAAAAUCCAUUAGAGUAGUAGAUUUGAAAAGUUAGUAUUUGAUGUUCAAGUUUUUUUUACUUUGUAAAGUUUGCCAUACAACAACUCUAUUCAUCUUCAUGGUUUUGAGGCUCAGGAAUAUUUUUCCUAGCAGCUAUUCUUUAAUUUUUUUAUAUUUCAUAAGGUUCAUUAAUGUCUCAGAAUUAGGAGCUACACAACCAGUGAUUCUAGUCCCAAUGUAAAACAAGUUACUGUUGAGCUUCUUGACUGAUUUUUUUUAAUUUAUUUUUUUUUAUAUAUAUUUUAAGUAUUUGAACUGUUUUGGAAGGGAAGAUAAUGUUGUUAAAAUUCUCUCAUGUAGUUUGUUGUUAGUGUCAGGAUUUCCCUUUCACAAUGAGCACGGGUGAUUAUUGUUAUGUGUCUUAUCAUGAUUAUUUUUCCAGGAAGCUUAGCAUAACCUAUGUGUUUUUUUUGUUUUGUUUUUUUUUAUGUUUAGCAAAGAAGACUCAUAAAAGGCACCCUCUGAUCCUGCUUAGGUGGUGCUGACUUAUGAUAUUUUUCAGAGGCCAUCUGUGAUAAUUUUCUUUUUUGACAUACUACAAAAGAAAAAAAAAAUUAUUUUCUUGAAAGAUGUUCUACUGUGUGGGGACACCUAAAGGUAUAGGUUAUUUUGAGAGUAGUGUUCUGUCGUUGACACUACUCUGUACAUUGUCAUAGUGUCCAAUACUGUAGAUAUUUGCUCAAAAAAGCAAAAAAAAUAUAUAUAUAGCAUUAUUAUUAGUGUUGCCUUUCAUGGGCAAUGUAACUGUGGAGUGCACACUUUCCCUGCAAUGAAAGUGUCACAGUGGCCUUGGCCUGCAAUAGCGUUGCUAUGGGCCUGUCUGUAAAUACAAAGGUUAUUGUAAGUAGGAGAGAUUUAUAUUUUUGUAUAGCAAUAUUUGCCACCCCAGCGGAGACAACUAGCGUUGCUAGUCACCGUAACUUGACCUCCAUUAGCUGUUGCUAUGGGUCCAGUGCUAUCCCUGCCUCGUUUGGUUGGUCUCUGGAGCUCAGUACCUUUCUAACUUUUGGGUUGAUUCUUGAACCUUUGAUAUAAUGAAGAUUUGGCCUUAUCCAUUAAAUAUUUUUGUGAUAAUUAUAGGUAGAUUUUUAUUCAAUGUGUUGAUAGUUAUUAAUAGUACUUCAUCUGUAUAUUUGUCAUCCAUUUGUCAUCUCCAGUUUAUAAUACAUCAUGUCUUUUUGAGAGUAGGGCCGAGAGAUUCUGUUAUUUACUUUAUAGUGGUUUAUUUGUAAAAAUGGAAUUAUUCUAACUAUAAAUGCUUGUCAUCAAUAAUAAUCACCUAUAUAUUUAGACUUGUGUUCAAGGUGUUUUAAGUUUUCAGAUGUUUGUAAAUCUUUUACUGUAUUAAGAAGGCACAUUUUCAAGUUGUUCCUGAUAGUUGAUGUUUAGUACUGAAUGCCGAGGCAUGACUAGCCAUUAUGGUGGGGGUGUGGCUACCCUCACUUGCGCGAUAUUACUAGCUGUGCUAAGAGUCGCACUAUUUAUUUUUUUGUUGUUAGUCAUUUUUUAUGCUUAUGCCGCCUCAGUUCAGUCUGAGAAAAGUUCGAUUCACUUGAACAUUCUUUUACUCAUAACCUUGUUAUCAUAAUUUCAUGUCCUCAUCUUGAGAGAUGUCUUGAAUAUCAUAUUUCAUUUUAUAUAGGAUUCUUCUCAGCCCAUUGUGGCAGUUUAAGAAUCUUUGUCAUGUUGCUUUAAUAAAAUGAAAUUAUAAUU